AUGAAACCUACUACAAUAUUUUUAGAGUUGGCUCUUAUUCAUGGAAUAGUAGCGUCUGCUGCUGCUGGGGUCAAGGGAUUGUUAUCGCUAUCUCUCUUCUCAAACUCAACGCAAUGUGCCUGGAAAGAAGUAGCCGGAACACAGUCGCAUGUGUUAAUUUGUAACACAACGUACCAUGCUUCUGGAACAGCGGCAAAUGGUACUUUUCCAUGGGCUUCUGCAAAAGACUUCUUGAAUAUCCCCUCUCAUUUUGUUUUGGAGGCUCCAGGAAACACAAUAGAGGAUGCUGAAGAACCAGAUUGUGAAACAGAGCUUGAAGAUGAUGACGUCGAUGAAGACGAAGGUAAUAGCGGCGGUAUUGAGAGUAGUGAAGUAGAGGAGGAUCUUGAAGAUGAAGAAGAGGAAGUUGAGGAAGAGGAAGAUGAGAAAAUGGAAGACGAAACUGAAAGUGAAUAUGAAGAGCUAGAUGAUACAGAUGAAGAGGAUAAUGGCGAAUUUCAUCACACAUAUAUCAAUGGAACCACUUCGAGAUACAAUUGGAAAAUCUCUUCUACCAACACUCUCCCAACGGCUACUUACUCACACAUAACUUCAAGUCCAUCAAACCAUUUCACCUUAACAUACGACUUCCCAAGCAAGUCAUCACGAAAAAGCAACGAAUUUCUCUUUGAAGAUGAUGGCCACUUCCGUAUUGGAUUUGGCAGAACAACCACAGGGACAACACUCUUUCCUCGCAUAACGCUUGUUGAUGACGGUACAACCUCAUAUGUAAUUGAGCCUCCAGUAAUCUCUACAUCCACGAGUGUCGCAAGCGAUAUACCAAAACAACCAAUUACAGAGGAUAAUUCAGUAACUAGUUACAUGGAAAGGACUUCUCCUGAAAGCACAGAAAGUUUUAUUACACUGGAGAAUCUGGAGAGUCUUUUUACUACGUUUAAAUCCCCUUGGCAACAUUAUACAACUACAAGAAAUGACCUCCUCACAUGGCCGAAAACUACGUCGACACCCACAACUAUUGGAAUCAUUCCCAGUUCCACCCGAACCUCUAGCAAUCCUGCUCUUCUUGAAGGGAGCGUUUUAACUUCUUCUAAAAUGCGUACAGUUUCAAUAAGCUCUUCGCAAAUUGCGAGACCCAUUAAGGCAAUCUCUAAACAUACUGGACAUUCUACAAUAACUUCAAAAAGAAUCAGAGAUACAUCAACCACAUCUAGUACAACUAGCUCCAAGCCUCACUCCAUUAAACAGACUAAAGCAAAUAAGUAUAUCACUAGUUCACUUCCUUCUACGCUAGUCAGUGCUAACAAGACUGCCCUAAAUUUCACCAAGAGCUUUGGGGGUGUAAUCUACAACAACAGAACCAUCAACUACUUUUCAGCUUCUAGGGGAAUAGAGAUCUCCUGGAUGCUUGCACCUAUCCUUAUAUUGUUUUUUAUAAUGAGUUUAUAG